AGCGGGUGUAGAGGAGACCAUUCCUGGCUGAGACCUGAAGGGCACACAAGAGCUGAGCGGGAGCUGGUGGGAUGUGAGCUUCUCUGGCAGAAAUAAGUGUCAUGGGGCACAAAUAAAUAGGAAGAACCUACGGCUCACUGCUACUUGGAGGCUCCCGAAGGAGGCUGCCUGUCCCCCAAGCACAGAGCCACAGAGGAUGCAGUCUAGGAGUGAAGAAUCGCAAGCCCUGUAACAUGAGUGGGACUCGAACCUCAGCCAAGCAGCAAUACAGAAUUCCAGGACAAUGAGAACAACACCCUGCCCGUAGCUUCCUGUGUAGCCACCCAAACUGUCAAAAGGAAGCAGCAAAUGGCACUACCCUGGGGGCUGCACUACAUGGCCCUGGUGGCUCUCUGCUGGAGACAUGGGGUGACAGAGGCAGAAGACACUGUCCCUCUGAAGACUCUGCAGUGCUACAAUGACUACACCAACCACAUCAUCUUGUUCCCUGACAGGAAACAGCCAGUGCCCUGUGAGCUCAGUGAGAACCUCAUGUGGUCAGAGUGCCCAUCAUCCCAUCGCUGUGUGCCCAGAAGAUGUGUCAUCCCCUAUACACGUUUUUCCAUCACAAAUGAAGACUACUACUCCUUCCAGCCAGACCGUGAUCUGGGCACCCAGCUCAUGGUUCCCCUGGCCCAGCAUGGUGAGGAGCUGGGGUCCUGCCCAGGCAGUGGGUUCAGGAAUGGCCAGGUCCAGAUGCAGCCUCCAACCCUCAACCUGACCAAGAACAGAGACAGCUACAGCCUGCAUUGGAAAACUCAGAAAAUGUCCUCCUCAUCAAUUAAGCACACAUUCCAGGUCCAAUACAAGAAGAAAUCAGACAGCUGGGAGGUGAGGUCCAGGACCCAGGGGAUGUUAUGGACAGGGAGGAGAGGAAAGAGAGGAUAUUUUAGGGAGCCCUACUUGUCAGGAAUUCAGGCUCAGAGAGUGAUGCCCACACUGUGGAUAGUCCUCAUUCCGGUCUUUCUCAUCCUCACCUUGCUCCUGGGCCUCCGUUUUGGUGGUGUCUAUGGAUACGGGUUGUACAAGAAGUGGAAGGAAAAAAUCCCCAACCCCAGCAAGAGCUUCCUGUUCCAGGAUGGAGGUAAAGGACUCUGGUCUGCUGGUGGCAUGGCAGCCUCCGCCUCUAAGAACCCCUCUCCCCCGGAACCACAGAGCAGCCUUUUCACUGAGCAACAAGGGGUGUCGUAUAUGCACUUGGAGGACAGCGAAGUGUCACCUCUCACCAUUGAGGACCCUAAUAUGGCUCAAGAUCCACAAUCGGGGCCUGAAACAACCCCAGUCAUCUCAUCUAAACUUACAGAGCAGCCUUCUGACAUUCAAGUAGACCCACCAACUCCUUCCAGCAGACCUAAGAAGAAAGUACCCAGCUUUGACUUCAACGGCCCCUACCUAGGGCCUCCCCAAACCCAUUCCCUGCCUGAUCUCCCAGGCCAGCUGGCUUCCCCCCAGGUGGGUGGGAGCCUGAAGCCAGCACUGCCAAGUUCCUUGGAGUACAUGUGUCUGCCCCCUGGAGGACAAGUGCAACUGGUCCCAUUGUCCCAGGUGAUGGGGCAGGGCCAGAAUGUGGAUGUGCAAUGUGGGUCUAGCCUGGAGACCACAGGGAGCCCUUCCACGGAACCACAGGAGAGCCCUCCAUUUGAGCUGAGGGUAGAGGAACAGGAGCCAAGGGACAACCCAAUGACUCAGCCCAUAAGCUCUGGGGGCCCUGAGGACAUUAUGAUGGCCUCUAAUUAUGUUACUCCUGCAGAUCUGGUGCUCACUCUGCCCACAGGGCCCCUGCCUACCUCUCUGGGCCCCUCUCUAGGGUUCCCCUCAGCCCAAAGCCCCAGUCUCUGUCUUAAACUGCCCAAGGUCCCCUCUGGAAGCCCAGCUCUUGGGCCACCAGAGUUUGAGGACUAUGUCGAGCUGCCUCCAAGCAUGAGCCAGCCUGCCAAGUCCCCUCCAAGCCAUCCUGCUCUUCCUAUGACGAGCAGCCCCUCAGUGAGCCCAGGAGAGCCCAGGGAGGAAGCAGGCCCAGCAUCCCCACACCCCGAAGGCCUCCUUGUUCUUCAACAGGUUGGGGACUACUGCUUCCUCCCUGGCCUGGGACCUGGCCCUCUCUCACCACACAGUAAGCCACCUUCUCCAGGCCCUGAGAUUGAGGACCUAGACCAGGAUUUGUCUGUCAAAAAGCUUCCCUACCAAUCCUUGCUCCAGGUGCCAGCCGUUCAGUUUUUCAAGUCCCUAAAGCACCAGGACUACCUGUCACUGCCCCCCUGGGACAGUAACCAAUCUGGGUAGAUGUGCUGAGUCGGCCCCCUCCUGAUCUCACCGGCAGCUGGAACCUCAGCAGGUGGACCUCAGCCUGAGCAUCACCACAGAACCCUCACUGAGAUGUGUGCUCUUCCUUGCUCUCAGCCCAGACACAGCAAUACCCACCUGUGCUCUCCUCAUCCCUCCCCCUCCAUCUGUGUCCCCCUCCCCCAUCUCUCUCUCUCCAGUUUCCUGCCUUCUCUGGGAUCUUCCUUCCUUUCCCUCUGACUUGUUGGAGUGGGGACGAGGUCUCUCAGAAUGAGCCCUGCAUGGUCUGUUUAGGGUUUAAGAACUGCUGAGGUCAGCUUGCCCACCUCAGGCACCAAUAACAGGACAAUUCUGGCUCUGUGUAAAAGGUGGGAGGCUCAGGUGAGCCCUUGAGUGUCAGGCUGUAAAAUUGGGCAGGUUCAUAUCGUUGCAAGAAUAGACAUGGUGCUAUAUGGUUGUCUAAAGCUCCCGGGAAGCUCUGGUGAACCCUGUAGCAGGAACUGGGAGCCCUCAUGUACAGAAGUCACUGAUGUGGACAAAUCUGGACACUGCUUCGGCCAGGCUGAAGGGAUGAGAAGCAAUGGGGGAAGGUUGGGUGUCUAGAAGUCAUGGUCUCAACUGUAGCCAAGCCAACUUGUGGACCCAGGACGGAACACCCAGAGACUUAGUCUGGACAGUUGAGCCUUUCUCCCUCCAGAACGCCUGGAUACCUGUGCUCCCACUGGCCUCAGAUGAGGGUCUACUGGUCGACUGUUGUCCUUGGCAAUCACCACCUUCUUGACAAUCCAGGCACAAUGGCAUUAUGUCACUCUGUUCUCACUCAUGUUGUUUGCUCAAGGUCAAGUUUGCACAUGGCUUUGGUAUGUGUCUUCAGUAUUGGCUUUUUUGGUGGUGGUGGGGAUAGGGGGUUCAGAGCCAAGCCCAUGAACAAUUUUCAUGCCCUAGACUCUUCUUUUUUGGAUGAGACUGAAUAGCUCCUUCCACAUGGUCCAUUGUAGGGCACACCAGUCUUCCCUGAAUGUGCUAACUUUGUGCAGGUGGCACAAUGGCUCCCUCAGCAAUUUCAUGUCUGCACUGCUGUGAGAUGGGUCACCGAGCCACACCCCUCUUGGAGCCAUAUUUACAGCAGCCUUUACUGCUAAUGUACAUGGGCUUUCGUUUAUAUUCUUUCUGGAUCCUUCUGUAUCUAAAGUCUUGGACUGGAGGCUUUAACUUUUCUAGAACACAUGCUGCAGAGAUCUGGCUUUAUAUGUUCCAUCGACCUGGAGCCAAGGGACACUGUAUCAUUUCUUCAUCUAUUUGCACUCUGUCAGGCACUCCAUGAUCCAUCAAGUCAUUAGCUGGAGCUGGUGUGUCCUAUCUCCUGGCCUCACUCACUGGAUGGCAGCCACAGCUCCUGACAUUUGACUUUAACCUAAAGCAGGGAGAUCAAGUGUUUCUUGCUCUCUGCUCAUUGCAGCAAAGAAAACCACUAAUAUCUUGAAAGUGUUUCAGUGACAAUGUUCAACGACCGCCUGACAAUACUUUCUAGAGAAAGUACACUCUAGAGAAACAAACAGGAGCGCCCUCCGUAUUAAGAUAUGAACUAUAAAAAUGCCUUUGCAUUAAGAGGGAACAUUGUAAUAAAAUAUUUACAUCCAAUAAAACAUAGGAAAAACAA